AUGUGUGAAAACAGAAACCUAGAUAUCUGUGGGGCUGAUUGUGAAGCUCAAGCUGUAGUGGUGGUUAAUCAGGCAGGAACACCCCAAUUUAAAUACACUGGUCAUCCCUCUACUACCAAGGAGGAAAAAUUCUAUCCACAUGGAAUUACAACAGACAGCCAGAGUCUAAUCCUCAUAGCAGACUAUUAUAACAAAAGUGUCCACAUCAUAGAUCAGGAUGGGCAGUUCCUCCGUUUCAUUAAUAAAUGUGAUCUAGAGAAUCCGUGGUCUUUAUGUGUAGACACCAGAGACAACCUCUUUGUGGCCGAGAAUAUGAGUUGUAAAGUUAAGAAAAUCAAAUACUUGUAA